AUGGCCCAGAUUCCUGUAGAUAAAUUCGCAAAACUGAUAUCAGGAGCAGGAUCCGCCCUGUUGGCACUAGGUUCAGGAGCCUGGCUCAUUAACUCGAGCCUAUACGACGUUGGAGCCGGACAUAGAGCGCUGGUGUAUAACCGUAUAACCGGAAUCAGCGACUCGACACAUGGAGAAGGAACACACUUCCUCAUCCCGUGGCUGGAAAGGCCGAUCAUCUACGACGUGAGGACGAGGCCGAGAACGCUGAUGUCGCUGACGGGAAGCAGAGACCUGCAAAUGGUAAACAUAACGUGCCGCGUGCUCUCGAGGCCAGACGAGCGAAGGCUGCGUGACAUAUACAGACACCUGGGCAAGGACUACGACGAAAGAGUGCUGCCGUCGAUAAUCAACGAGGUGCUCAAGAGCAUAGUGGCACAGUACAACGCAUCACAGCUGAUCACGCAGAGAGAAACGGUGAGCAAGGCAGUGAGAGACCAGCUGGUUAACAGAGCAAGAGACUUCAACAUACUGCUGGACGACGUGUCGCUGACGCACCUGAGCUUCAGCCCGGAGUACGAAAAGGCAGUCGAGGCGAAGCAAGUGGCGCAGCAGCAGGCUGAAAGAAGCAAGUACAUAGUGCUGAAGGCGCUGGAGGAGAAAAAGUCGACGAUAAUAAAGGCCGAGGGGGAGUCGGAGGCGGCGAAGCUGAUAGGAAGCGCAAUCAAGGACAACCCGGCAUUCAUCACGCUGAGGAGAAUAGAGACUGCAAAGGAGGUGGCAAACAUCCUGGCAAGAUCGCAAAACAAAGUGAUGCUGAACAGCAACACGCUGCUCCUGUCAACGAGCGAUAAGUAA